AUUUUAGCUGUCACCUGAGCUGUCAAACUGACAGCUAUGCGAGUUAAUUAUUAUGCUAGAUAACUUUGUAUUUAAAAUGAGAUGUAUAUAUAAUUUCGAAAAACAUUUCAAGUUUGAUUUAUACCAGAGGUCAUCGAUAAGCAAUGCCCCAUUACCUGAUCCGCAAAAACAAAAAUGUGAUUUCAUUGGUCUACCGGAUAAAGUAUCAAACUUAAGACCAUUAUUGUUGUACAAAAAAGAAAAUGAGACUCCUCGAGAAAAGCUUCUAAGAGAAAGUCGUAUCGAAGUUCAUAAAUGGAACCAAGAGUUUUGGUUUAAACACAAUCAGAGAUUUUUCCAGGAACGGAACGAAUUUAUACAAAAAAAUCCUUCGAAGGAAAAUAUCUCUACAUUGACAGCGGAUGAAAUGAGUGUUUUUUAUAAAUCGUUUCUAGAUACAAAUUGGAAAACACAUUUAGAUUACAAUGUACAAUGGUAUAAACGAAAUAUUAAGCUACUUAUUUUGUCUUUUCAAGUUUUGUCUGAAAAAAUAUUGAAAUUUAAAUGA